UGAACUGAUAUGAAUUGAUUUAUUUAUAUUUAUUUUGAACUUAAAAUGAACACGCGUUUCUUAUUUUCAGUAUGUUUUCAUUAAAUUAAUUGCUAAAAAGUUUCUAUAAGUGAGGAAUUUGAUUAUUCUAUUAUACAUCGUUUAUAAUAUCUCUGUUAGCAUUUUAUAUUUUACCUACUAUGCCUGAUAACGUAUCUGACCCGGCAUUACACUAAGUCCCGAGUUACUGACAUUUAAUUGUUUUAAAGGAAAUAUGGAAGAAAUUUUAAUAUCUUGCAUAAUUGCAAUUGUAAUUUUUCUUGGUACAUUCACAUAUCUCUUUUUAUGGAGGAGAGUACCUGCACAGCAAAUUCAAAGGAUACAGAUUGAUAAACUUGAUGAAGAAAAGAAUUCAUGUGAUAUAAUUUUUGCUAGUCAGACUGGCAAUGCUAAGAAUUUUGCGAAAGAUCUGUCUAUAGUAUUAUCAAGCUUAGAUUGGAGAGUGUUAAUCAUAGAUAUGAAAGAAUUGAAGGAGCCAGAAGAGUAUUUGAUAUCUCAGGCAUCCAAAAAAAAUAUUUGUGUUUUUCUAGCAUCAACUUUCGUUGAAGGCCAGCCACCUGAUGGAUGUAAUUGGUUUUGCCAAUGGCUUAAGGAUGCUGCUUAUGAUUUUAGAGUUUCUCAUUCCAUGCUGAAAGGAUUGAAAUAUGCCGUUUUUGGCUUAGGAAACUCAUUAUACGAAGGAAACUUCAAUAAGGUAGCUACAGAAAUAAAUGGGGAACUGCAGAAGCUUGGAGCUUCUCCUAUUCUUCCUUUGGUAAAAGCAGAUGAAAAUGAUGUAAAUUGUGGUUUAGAUAAGAAUUUCUCCAUGUGGAAAAGUAAUUUGCUACGAUUAUUUGAAACACAGAAUGUUAACAUAGAAACACCUAUCAAAAAUGAUUCUGAAAGUGGUAGUGAAGAUGAGGAAGUUAUAAUGGAUGUGGAAGAACUUGGUACAGCAUUUAAAAAUGCAAACUCUAAGACUUCUGAAGUGGAGGAAGAGAAAGAAAUGAUCACGCCUCUUCUCCGCAAAUCCCUGACUAAACAAGGUUACAAGCUUCUAGGUAGCCACUCGGGUGUGAAAAUGUGUCGAUGGACAAAAUCAAUGUUGAGAGGGAGAGGGGGUUGUUACAAGCACACUUUUUACGGAAUUGAGAGCCACAGGUGUAUGGAAGCCACUCCAAGUCUUGCUUGUGCAAAUAAAUGUGUCUUUUGCUGGAGGCAUCACACUAAUCCUGUUGGAACUGAAUGGAAAUGGAAGAUGGAUGAUGCUCAAAGUAUUGUGGAUCAAGCUCUUAAAAAUCAUUACAGUAUGAUUAAAGAAUUCAAAGGUGUACCUGGUGUCCAACCUGACAAAUUUGCUGAAGGACUCCAAGCAAAACAUUGUGCUUUAUCAUUAGUUGGAGAACCUAUAAUGUAUCCAGAAAUCAAUAAACUUAUUGAUCUUCUGCAUGAAAAGACAAUUUCGACAUUUCUAGUCACCAACGCUCAAUUCCCAGAGGCCAUAAAGAAUCUAGAGCCUGUCACCCAAUUGUAUGUCUCUGUUGAUGCUAGCAAUGAACAAAGUCUAAAGAAAAUAGACCGCCCAUUAUUUAAAGACUUUUGGCAACGUUUCAUUGAUAGUUUAAAAGAAUUAUCAAGCAAAGGUCAACGAACUGUUUACAGAUUAACAUUAGUUAAGGCAUGGAACACUGAUGAAAUGGAAGGUUAUGCAAACUUAGUAGAAAUAGGGCGACCAGAUUUUAUUGAGAUAAAGGGAGUCACCUAUUGUGGAACAUCUAAUGCUAGUUCUCUGACAAUGGAAAAUAUCCCAUGGCAUGAAGAGAUAUAUUCAUUUGGUAUGAAACUAGCAGAUUAUUUAGCUGAUUAUGAAUUGGCAUCUGAACAUGAACACUCUAACUGCAUUCUGCUUGCUCAUAAAAAAUUUCUGAUUAAUGGAAGGUGGAAUACAUGGAUUGACUAUGAUAAAUUUCAUGAACUCAUAAAAAAUUACAAUGACUCUGGGAAGACUAAAGCAUUUUCGAGCUUAGACUAUGUGUAUCCGACUCCUGAAUGGGCCAUUAUUGGUGCAAAGGAAAGAGGAUUUGAUCCUAAAGAAAUUCGUUUUCACAGAAAAAGCAAAAAAGAUAUAUCUGGUUGCUGAUAUUUAUUUUUUCACUGAAUCAUCAACUUCAUGAACAUCUCAUCAAUGUAAUGUUAUGCAUUGUAAACUCAUUAAAAAACUUUAAGUGAUACUUAAUAGCCAUUUUCUGCUACAUUUCGCUAUCUUUUUAUUCACACCUUGAAGAAGAUUUUUGUUUGUACUUUGUAAUGAUUGGCUACUUCUUGAUGCCAAGAAAUUUUAAUUACUUUCAAAAUAAGUUAUAAUUUUGAGAAAUAAAAUAAACCAUAUAA